UCUGCAAGGAUCCGCCUCUCUAUUCCCCAGAUAAAUUCCUGGUGUCCACCAAAUUCCUCAGCGCUCUCUCACACUCCCCUACGGCCAGGACUCCGGGGGUGGGGAAAGAGAGAGGCAGGCUCCUUCCCGCAGAAGCCCCCCGCGCUCCCUUCCCACAGCUCUGAGAAGGGAAAGGGGCGUGAGGCCCGCAUAGCCAGAUCCCCAAGUCCCAACUACUCCAGACUCGGGGAGAUCCCAGUGGUCUCAGUCAGGGUCUCUCUCUCUCUCUCUCUCUCUCUCACUCUCUCUCUCUCCUCCCUCCCCCAAACAUGUCCACGGGCUCCCUCAGCGAUGUGGAGGACCUUCAAGAGGUGGAGAUGCUGGAAUGCGACGGCCUAAAAAUGGACUCCAACAAGGAGUUUGCGACUUCCAACGAGAGCACGGAGGAGAGCUCCAACUGCGAGAACGCGUCUCCGCCCAAGGGCAGGGGCGGCCUGGGCAAGAGGAGAAAGGCGCCCACCAAGAAGAACCCCCUGGGCGGGGUCAGCCAGGAGGGGAAGCAGGUCCAGCGCAACGCGGCCAACGCGCGCGAGCGGGCCCGGAUGCGGGUGCUCAGCAAGGCCUUCUCCAGGCUCAAGACCACCCUGCCCUGGGUGCCCCCGGACACCAAGCUCUCCAAGCUGGACACGCUCAGGCUGGCGUCCAGCUACAUCGCCCACUUGAGGCAGAUCCUGGCCAACGACAAGUACGAGAACGGUUACAUCCACCCGGUCAACCUGACGUGGCCCUUUAUGGUGGCCGGGAAACCCGAGAGUGACCUGAAAGAAGUGACCGCGAGCCGCUUGUGUGGGACCACGGCGUCCUGACCUUGGAGGUGCGAGCCUGGGAAAGGCGCGCUCCCGGGGGGAGCGGCCCCGGGAAGGCGACCCCUGCCCUCCCUGCUCUCUGUCUCUGCUUCCCCCUCACGGCGCUCCUCCUCUCCCACCCCGCGAGAACACUUUACAGCGACGAGGAGAUUCGUUUCCAAACCAGAGGAGAUCGAUUGUGCUUUAGAAAGAUCCCCAUCUAUUUAACUUUAUUAACUCCUACCGUGAAUGACUCUGCGAGCCUUGCUGGUCCAAGUGCAAUAUGUAAUUAUAAAUAUAUAAAUAGAUAAUAAGAGCCUAUCAACGUGUAUCGUUUGUACAAUAUGUUGUAAAAUGUAGAUCAUAGAAUAGCUGACUUUGACAGUCACAUUUAUAAAGUAAUUCACUUGAAGAUAUAUAUUUUUUUCAAACGAGUUUUGCUACUUCCGAAAAUAAAUCUUUCUUUAUAUUGCUAAAA